AUGUCGAUUUCGGACGCAAAGAUUCUCUCCACAGGGCCACUGCCCGAGGAGGAGGCCCGCUGGACCAAGCUAGUCAAGACGACUUACCAAGAUCCCAACGGCGUCACACGAACAUGGGAGUCCGCAGAGCGUCGCACACGGCCCAAGGACGCUGACAUCGACGGCGUCGGCAUUGUCGCCAUCCUCGACAAGCCAACCGGAAAGGAAAUCAUCCUGCAGAAGCAAUACCGACCCCCCAUCGCCAUGGUCACAAUCGAGGUCCCGGCCGGCCUCAUCGACGCCGGCGAGACGGCUGAGCAGGCCGCCGUGCGCGAGCUCAAGGAGGAGACGGGCUACGUGGGCGUGGUGACGGAGACGUCCCCCAUCAUGUACAACGAUCCGGGCUUCUGCAACACCAACCUGCGCAUGGUCCACGUCUCUAUCGACAUGUCGCUGCCCGAGAACCAGAACCCGAAGCCCGAGUUGGAGGAGAAUGAGUUCAUCGAGGUCUUCACCGUUCCCCUGGCGAACCUGUGGGACGAGUGCAAGAAGCUUGAGGCUGAGGGCUGUGCCAUCGACGCCCGCAUCGGAACCUUUGCGGAGGGGAUCCUGAUUGCCCAGAGAUUGAAGCUGUAG